AUGAAGGGGGUAAUGCGGAUUAAGGUUACGAGAGGGAUGCACUCCCUAGUGACUAAGACGUCGGAGAGCAAACUGAAAAAAGUAAAAACCUACAUCACCAGUUAUCAUGAGAGUACAGCCGAUCCGAAGAGCAACAACAAAUACCUGGGGUUGCUCAGGAAUAUUUACCACACCAUUCCUUCAAGGUUUAAUGAGACAGAGAUAUGGGAGCAUUUCUUAACUAAGCUCAAACAGGAGAGAUGCUUCGCUAAGUUAAAAAGUAUCGUGAAUAGGAAUUCGGUUAUCUAUCCUCAUCUACUGUGCAGGCAAAUUGUGUUUCUCUUCUACAUCGGGCUAGACGAUGAGGCCAAUCGGCUUCUGGACCAAGUGAAGCGCAAGCUAGCCAAAUGUGAAGCGGAAAUGUUUCUAGAGUGCGACGCGAAAGUGAAUGAAGAUAUGAGCGAUGUGAUUAAAAUGUUGUAUGUCCUGUACCACUUAGGGAAGACCAAGGAGAAUUACAAAGAGGUGGUUCUUCUAUGCGAUAAGUAUAUCUACAAUACUAAGCGGGAUCCCCUGAACAAUUUGAAAUACCUCCUAUACUUCCACCUAUUUUAUUCUCCAAUGAAUCACUCCUUCGAAAGAAUGCACAAGUGUAUCGAAAUGAAGAGACACCGUAUGAAUGUGGAGCAAAUGAUGCUUCUCAUUCGAUACGUGAAUCUCUACUUGAAGCGUUUGUAUUUGCGCGGCGUUAUCCGACAUAGGGGAGAUCGUUCUAGCAGGAUAACAGUUAUUCAAGCGGAAAUUACCCCCCAAGAAGGUACACACAUGACGGGUAGUCACCCCCCAUGUAGCCGCAAAAAGGAGGUGCAGACGAAAGUACAGAACGAGUUAGAUAUCUUCCUCGGCAAUCUACUUAGGAUAAAUAAAAAUGAGAAGGAGCACUACGUGUUUAAUACCUUUGACGACAUUGUAAUAAACGAGGGGAUGAUGGAUCGUACAUGUUCACCACCAUCUGAUCCGCGCAGCCAAUUAGAUAGGAAGUCUUCAGAUAGGAACAACCCUCUGUUAGGAGAAGAGGGAAAGGCAUUCCAUUCCCAAGAGGAUCGUGAUGAAGAACCCACUUGGAAAAGGGGCGAUCCUCCCCUACUUGAUACAUACCUGGUGAAUGGCACCACAGUGGGGGAAAUCACCCCAGUUACGGAGAGAGACCUCAUUUUGUACAGAGACAUAUACACAGCCUGUACGAACGAAGUAAUGAAAAGAGUGCUUAUCUACAAGGAACCCUUAGGAACAGAUACACUUUGGAAUAACUUCCUAAUGAGCAUGUUCAGGGACAAGUUCAUAAAUUUUAUGAUGGAUAGGAUGAGAAGCAAAAUGAAGGUUCUAAACGAGGAAGAGUUUUUUACAUAUCUCAAACAGAUCAAAUUAUUACAAAUAGGAGAGCAUCCUUCCGUCAGUAGUAUACUACAAAUAUUCUUCAAACAUUAUUCAAUUAUUCAGAUGAAAUCCUUGAAUAAUUUUCUUAUCGCGGAUAAGAUGACUUACUAUACAGACAUUUUUUGCAAAUGUCCAUUUGUGCAAAAAUAUGUUCUGAACAUGUACAGGCAGAAUUUGAACUUUUUUAAUGUUAAAAUUUUAAAAAAAAUUUUGGCCAAAUUAUUUUACUUUUUAAAAGAAGAUAAGUCUCUUAUUAAUGGCUUCGAUGUGCUCAUAAAGAAUAUUUUUGUAAAAGUUGCAAUGAAUGGAUCGUUUAGCGAUAUCGUUAUGGUUUUACACACACUGAGGCAAUAUAAUUUUCACAAAAAUGGGGUGAAUAAUUGGCAUUCUGGGAGAAGAAGGGACUCUUGGCAUGAUGUGAUUUCUUCACCUUUGGGUGGACCCACCCUUGUCUACGACGAAGUGAGAAAAAAAAUGCUUUCCUUCUUUGCGCCCAUCUCUACAAUGAACAAUUGUGAUGAGGAAGGAAUGGUUCCAAUUCGGGAGGGGGAUAAAUUGGACACUCUCUUCCAUUUGAGUGCACCCCGUCUGGACUACAUAAAACGUGGAGGUAUGUCAUACAACUUCGCCAACGGAAGGAGUGAAUAUCACCCCAUUUGCGAGUACAUGAUGUACAGAACUGUUAUCGAGAAAAUGCACCUGGGAAAGAAGCUCCGAUACGAUAAGUACUUUGACCUUAACAUCAUCCUGAUGAUGAACAAGCAGUUAGCUAAACUGUUCUUACUAUUUGUAAUCAAUUCUUUUUCAACCGUGAGGAGCGGCCACAGCCCCCUGCACGUUUUCGAUUGCGUUAAUAAAUGUGUUAACGAGGGUGAAAAUAGGGUAACAAGAAGCUUGGAUCGUGUAAAAAGCACCUUGUACGAUAGGGAGAUGAUAAGGGCACAUGAGACUGAUCAGAGUGAUCAGAGUGAUCACAGUGGUCCUAGCCCCAGUGAGAUGGAGUUUCCAUUUGGCGACACAUUGUCUGUUCGCUUCUUCACAAAGGAGAACUUAUGGAUCCAUAGUCAAGUCCUCCAAACCUACGCUCAGAAGCACCCACAGGAGUACGCUGCGGUGAAGCGUUUCGGAGAUUUACUUCUACUCACCCUCAUCGAUAACUUCCUCUACUUCGAACUAAAGGGUUCCCACUUUAUACAUUUUUUUUUGAAAUUGUUCGAGGAGAACUCAUGGCCCCUCAGUACCUAUCACCAUUUUUUCUUUUAUGGAAUGUUUAAAAGUUUCAAGUACAGUCAGAUAAGUGUUCGGGACAGGAAGUGCAUGCGCGAAGGGAGGGACUCUGCGGAUGACGCGGUGGCGGGCUAUCUCUCCUCAGAAGAGGCGUUCGAGAGGCGUAGACAACAGAUCGUAGGCAUUUGUAGGGAGGAGAUAAUGUGGGCCAUGCGGAGAGGCCUGGGCGUGCAAGGAGGAGAAAGAAAAAACGAGAUAAAGGUGAAAGGCGCGGGAGAAGAGAACGAAGUGAGCAAGGUGAACGAAGGAUCCAACGUGGACUGUCUGAUCAACCUAAUAUUUUGCCAUCUCCAGGGGGAAGAUAUAGUUGACCUAUUCAGAAACACCUUCUUGUCGUCACUAAACGAUUAUCUAAAAUGGAAAGGAAAAGAUGCAGUUGUGAAGUACACACUGAUUAGGGACCCCAGGGAAGGUACCAACUCAAACAGAGAAUCAGUCAAAGAAAGAAGCGACCAUCAUACUAGCACAAUCCUUUUUAACGAUAUUGCAAAAAUUAAAAGUUUAUUUAGUGAAAAUGGGGAGAGUGAAAAAAUGGAAUUACAAUCUGCACAGAUGGUUAGAAGGUAUGAAUUUUUUUACCUUAACAUGUUGAGUACGGGUAGAAGCAGUGAUGUUACUUUGGAGGAUCCUUUUCCCACCAAAGCGGAUUACCUAUGUUACGCAGAUUUUGUAUUCCAGAGGGGAGAGGAAUGCUCUGCGCAAGACAUGUUGCGACUCGCCAGAGGGGUCCAUAAGUACGGCCCCUCUGACCAAGUAGGAAACCUUCUGAAGAGCAUUCAUUCAUCUUGGAACACUUGCAUACAGAUGCAUGUGGAUUGCCAACUGAAUGACGAAGUUAACGUUAACCCUAGUGGUCAGUCUAACUUGAUCACCUUCCCCAUCAGCUACCUCUUCCUUCUCACCGUUUCUGUGAAGAAAAUAUUACCGGAAGAUGUAGCCCCCGUAUUGAAUAAGAUUGAUAGCGCAUUAGUGAACGGUGUAGAUAUUCCCCCUUCUUGGCGUCUGUUACUGGUGCAACUUAUUUAUAUGAUUAAAAUUCAGGGAUUGUUUUCAUUCGAUCUGCUUUGCUCCAAGUAUAGGCAGAUCACCCUUUUGUAUACACGAUCGAUUGGCCAAAUAAGGAAAGAGAGACAAAGGAGUAGGAGUACCCAGUGCUACCGUUAUGGUGAUAAUAUAUGGACACAUAAGAUUGUAAAUUAUUUGCAAGAUAAGAAGAUACACUUUCAGGAAGAAAUACACCUGGUAGACAGUCCCUUCACAUUCGACGUUUUUAUACCCUCCUUGAAUUUGUUUCUCUUGGAUGGAGAGAAGUCUCUUUUUUGUGAUACCUUUGUACGUUGUUUGCAGGAUAAUCUGUUUAGCCACAUGGAUUCGAAGGUGAUCCAGGUGGACGAAUGGUGUUACAAGUGGUUGGUCACUCAAAUUUCGGGUAGUGAUGAACCCAUGCCAAUUGAUAUGGCGGUUAAAGGGUGGGCAAUGUAG